CAGCCAACAUUUGGUGAUAAUUCCGCGGCACGCAACAGAGAAAGCGCCCAGCAGCAAGGAAACUGGUGGAUAGGGGGAGCUGAGAAUCGACCCAGCGAGAACAUUUCUCCGGGAGGACAGCACCCAGACGGUAGCGACGCUCCCAACGGAACAAUCACUUCCCCUUGGUUUCGUAUCGUUGGCGAAAAUAUCUCAUUUCUCAUUGGUGGGCGUUGUAAUGUAACCGCUAUUCGGGCGGAGCUUAUCGUCAACAACCAGGUAAGUACAAUAGAGCUUAUUACUUUCUUUCUCUACUUUAAUUCCUCUUUUUUUUUUGUUAUGAUUUUGAAACCGUCUAUUUGUUAUGUUAGUUUUGAUUUGAUUAAGCGAAAGUAGUUCUUUCCACCUUUUUUGGCUUUGUUCUCUCACUUUCUAGAAUAGCGAGGAUACCUGAGAACCGUUUGUCUAUUGCUACUUUAUUUAUAACGUUUUAAGCUUCAAUCACAGUGGAACCAGUGCAGGAAGAUAAUAAGCGCCCUCCUCCUUUAAUAGCUUUAGCCAAAAUAGGUGCCCGAGCGCAUAUUCAAAGAAAAGUGGGAAGAUAUUUUUUUUGUCUAGAAUCUCAUGUGACUCAGGUUUUACAGCAGCUGAGAUAAGACUAAAUUCCCGCUUUUCUGCUCCUUCUUUAACAUUUGAAAUUGUUUGAGUUCUUUUUUUUUCUUAUCUUUUUCUUUUUCCCGCUAGACUGUUCGAAGAGAGACAGGUAACUGUAACGAGACGAUGUACCGUAAGAGCUGGAACGUGGAAGAAUACAUUGGCCAGAUGGCUCGUGUCAGAUUAGUAGACAAGACGGAUUGUUGUUGGGGCCACAUCAACUUUGAUGACCUUAAAGGAGGUAUCACUUGUCCUCAGGAUUUAGUCAAAGAAAACUAA